AUGACAGAAAACUCUCAACUUGUAUUCUUUUUAUUUAACAUCAAUAGAUUGCAGAAAAUAUCAUUUUAAAAAAUUAAGUUUAAGAAUUGAGAUUGGAAUUACAAUAAUGGAAAUCUCAUUUUGAAGAAUUAUCUAUGUAAUACUACAAAUUACAAUAAUUAAAGAUUAAUCCAGAAGAUCUUUUAGAACUUGAAGAUUUAAAAGCAAAACGAUAAAAAUAUCUAGAAUAAGAAUUUCAAUAGAGUAGUAUUAUAACUCAAUAAAAUUAAUUAAUUUUUAAUUUAUAAUAAGAUAAUAGAGAUAUGAUAGAUAAAAUAGAUAAAUUAGAAUAGAAAGCUAAAAAUUAUGAUUGUUUAAAGUAAUAAUAUUGGAAUUUAAAGGAAGCAAGUUAAAAAAAACUUGAAGAAUUAGAAUUGAUUAAAUAAAAACCUCCAACUAUACUUGUCCCAAACCCAGAUGUUACUGCACUUUAUAGAGAAAUAAAUCGUUUAAAUUCUAUUAUUUAAUAAAUGUGCAAGAAUUCUAUUGAUUAAAUUUGUAAGACAUCUAUAGAUUAUAAGAGUAAGUAAUUAGAAAAUGAAUCAAAAUAAUGA